ACCAUGGAUCUAUAUUUUUAGCAUUUAGCUCAGUGUAACAACAUUUUACAAUAUUCUGUUUCUCAAAAUCCGGGCAAAUCGGUAUUUUUUAAAUGAGCAGCGACAGACGAAAGAGAAGAAGAGGGAAACAUGGUGGGGAGGACAGAGAUGUUCAGCUGUCCAAGUCUUUGUCUUAUGUUCUUCGUCACGGAGCCAGUCAGAUGGGGUUUCAAAUGAGUACAGAUGGAUUCCUCUUUGUGGAGGACCUUCUGGCUCACCCUCAGUUUCGCUCAUGGUGUUUGGAUGAUGUCAAAAGAGUAGUAGAGUCAAAUGACAAGCAACGAUUCAAACUACAGCCCCAUGCAGAGAAUGGGCGCUUGCAAAUUCGUGCUAAUCAAGGACAUUCAUUGCAGGUGAAAGAUCUUGAGCUCAAGCCUGUUCUGGCUGAUUUCCCGGACUGUCCUCCUGAGGCUGUCCAUGGCUCUUUUCUCAGAAACUGGACCUCUAUACAGCAACAUGGUCUUAGCAGGAUGAAGAGGUCUCAUAUUCAUCUGGCACCAGGGCUUCCAGGAGAGGAGAAUGUUAUUAGCGGUAUGAGAAAAGACUGCGAUUUGGCUAUUUUUAUUGAUGUCACUAAAGCUCUGUCAGAUGGUAUUCAGUUUUUUUGGUCAGAUAAUGGAGUAUUGUUAACACCUGGGGACACGGAUGGAAAACUUCUACCUAAAUACUUCAGUCGUGCUUUAAGGCUGAGGCCUACAAGGACCGUGCUUCCAUUACAAUCACAACUGUCCUGACAAAGAACUUUAGCCUGUUCACAACUGCAAAAGGAUGUUACUUCCUUCCUUCUUCGGCUUCUACAAUUUCUUCUACAACACUUCCCAAAAGUGCUGUGUACAGACUGCCUGCAAGGCAA